GAUUAAAGUGCCACCAUGAGCACAGACGCGGAGAUGGAGCAGUACGGCCCAGCGGCCAUUUACCUCCGGAAGCCAGAAAAGGAGAGGAUUGAGGCCCAGACUGCUCCAUUUGAUGCCAAGACGGCCUUCUUUGUAACUGAUCCUGGUGAGAUGUAUGUCAAGGGCAAACUCGUCAAGAAGGAGGGUGGUAAAGCCACUGUUGAGACAGACGGAGGAAAGACGGUCACUGUAAAGGAGGAUGAAAUCCACCCUAGAAACCCUCCAAAGUUUGAUAAGAUGGAGGACAUGGCCAUGAUGACCCACCUUAAUGAGCCAUCUGUGUUGUAUAACCUCAAAGAGCGUUAUGCAUCAUGGAUGAUCUACACCUACUCUGGGUUGUUCUGCGUUGUCGUCAAUCCCUACAAGUGGCUUCCUGUAUAUGAUGCUACAUGUGUAGCAGCAUACAGAGGAAAGAAGAGGAUUGAGGCUCCACCCCACAUCUUCUCCAUCUCUGACAAUGCCUAUCAGUUCAUGCUCACUGAUCGUGAGAACCAGUCUGUCCUGAUUACCGGAGAAUCCGGUGCAGGAAAGACUGUCAACACCAAACGUGUCAUCCAGUACUUUGCAACAAUUGCAGCUCUUGGUGGUAAGAAGGCUGAGCCAACGCCUGGCAAAAUGCAGGGCUCUCUUGAGGAUCAGAUUGUUGCUGCCAACCCUCUGUUGGAGGCCUACGGUAAUGCCAAGACUGUGAGGAAUGACAACUCCUCUCGUUUUGGUAAAUUCAUCAGGAUUCACUUUGGCACAACUGGCAAGCUGUCUUCAGCUGAUAUUGAAACAUAUCUGCUGGAGAAGUCCCGUGUCACCUUCCAGUUGUCUGCUGAGAGGAGCUACCAUAUCUUCUAUCAGCUGAUGACAGGCCACAAGCCUGAGCUCCUGGAGGCUCUUCUGAUCACAACUAACCCUUAUGACUAUCCAAUGAUCAGUCAGGGUGAAAUCACUGUCAAGAGCAUCAAUGAUGUGGAGGAGUUCAUUGCAACAGAUACUGCUAUUGACAUCUUGGGCUUUAGUGCUGAUGAGAAGUUAAGCAUCUACAAGCUGACUGGUGCUGUGAUGCAUCAUGGCAACAUGAAAUUUAAGCAAAAGCAGCGUGAGGAGCAGGCUGAACCUGAUGGCACUGAGGUGGCUGACAAGAUUGCGUACCUAUUGGGUCUGAACUCGGCUGAUAUGCUGAAAGCUUUGUGCUACCCAAGAGUCAAGGUUGGCAAUGAGAUGGUGACCAAAGGUCAGACCGUCCCACAGGUCAACAAUGCUGUUUCGGCUCUGUGCAAAUCUAUCUAUGAGAAAAUGUUCUUGUGGAUGGUUAUCCGUAUCAAUGAGAUGCUGGACACAAAGCAGCCCAGACAGUUCUUCAUUGGAGUGCUGGAUAUCGCUGGGUUUGAGAUCUUUGAUUUCAACAGCUUAGAGCAACUCUGCAUCAACUUCACCAAUGAGAAACUGCAACAGUUUUUCAACCAUCACAUGUUUGUCCUGGAGCAAGAGGAGUACAAGAAAGAAGGCAUUCAUUGGGAGUUCAUUGACUUUGGUAUGGACUUGGCUGCCUGCAUUGAGCUUAUUGAGAAGCCAAUGGGCAUCUUCUCCAUCCUUGAAGAGGAGUGCAUGUUCCCCAAGGCCUCUGACACAACGUUUAAGAACAAGCUGCACGAUCAGCAUCUUGGCAAGACCAAAGCAUUUGAGAAACCAAAGCCUGCAAAGGGCAAGGCUGAGGCACACUUCUCCCUGGUUCACUAUGCUGGUACAGUGGACUACAAUAUCACUGGCUGGCUGGACAAGAACAAGGACCCACUGAAUGACUCAGUUGUGCAGCUCUACCAGAAGUCUUCAAACAAACUGCUGUGCUUCCUGUACGCAGCCCAUGCCUCAGCAGAGGAGGCUGCUGGUGGUGGUGGUGGCAAGAAGGGUGGUAAGAAGAAGGGUGGUUCCUUCCAGACUGUCUCUGCGCUUUUCAGAGAGAAUCUGGCCAAGCUGAUGACCAACUUAAGAAGCACUCAUCCUCACUUUGUCCGUUGCUUGAUUCCCAAUGAGACAAAGACCCCAGGUCUUAUGGAGAACUCCCUGGUCAUCCACCAGCUGAGGUGUAAUGGUGUACUGGAGGGCAUCAGAAUCUGCAGGAAGGGUUUCCCCAGCAGAAUCCUCUAUGGUGACUUCAAGCAGAGAUACAAAGUGUUGAAUGCCAGCGUCAUCCCUGAGGGACAGUUCAUUGACAACAAGAAAGCUUCAGAGAAGCUGCUUGGCUCCAUUGAUGUGGAUCACACACAGUACAAGUUUGGGCACACAAAGGUGUUCUUCAAAGCUGGUCUGCUGGGCACUCUUGAGGAGAUGAGAGAUGAGAAACUGGCUGAGCUGGUGACCAUGACUCAGGCUCUCUGCAGAGGAUACGUCAUGAGGAAAGAGUUUGUGAAGAUGAUGGAGAGGAGAGAUGCUAUCUUCUCCAUCCAGUACAACAUCCGUUCUUUCAUGAAUGUCAAGAACUGGCCAUGGCUGAAACUGUACUUCAAGAUCAAGCCUCUUCUGAAGAGUGCUGAGACUGAGAAGGAGUUGCAGAACAUGAAGGAGAACUAUGAGAAGAUGCAGACAGACCUGGCUGCUGCUCUGGCCAAGAAGAAGGAACUGGAAGAGAAGAUGGUCAGCCUGCUGCAGGAGAAGAAUGACCUGCAACUUCAAGUGGCUGCAGAAGUUGACAAUCUCUCUGAUGCUGAAGAAAGGUGUGAGGGGCUUAUUAAGAGCAAGAUCCAGCUCGAGGCCAAACUCAAAGAGACAAGUGAGAGACUGGAGGAUGAAGAGGAAAUCAAUGCUGAGCUGACUGCUAAGAAGAGGAAGCUGGAGGAUGAAUGCUCUGAGCUGAAGAAGGACAUUGAUGACUUGGAGCUCACCUUGGCCAAAGUGGAGAAGGAGAAACAUGCCACAGAAAACAAGGUGAAAAACCUGACAGAGGAGAUGACAUCUCAAGAUGAGUCAAUUGCCAAGUUAACUAAGGAGAAGAAAGCCUUACAAGAGGCCCAUCAGCAAACACUGGAUGAUCUCCAGGCAGAGGAGGACAAAGUCAACACUCUGACCAAGUCCAAGACAAAGCUGGAACAACAAGUUGAUGAUGUAGGCAACUUGGAGAAAAUGUGCAGGACUCUUGAGGAUCAACUAAGUGAACUCAAAGCUAAAAAUGAUGAGAAUGUUCGUCAGCUGAAUGACAUUAAUGCCCAGAAGGCGAGACUCCAGACAGAGAAUGGUGAGUUCAGUCGGCAGCUUGAGGAGAAAGAAGCUCUUGUUUCUCAGCUCACAAGGGGCAAGCAGGCCUUCACUCAGCAGAUUGAGGAACUGAAGAGACACGUUGAGGAGGAAGUGAAGGCCAAGAAUGCCCUGGCUCAUGCUGUUCAGUCAGCACGUCAUGACUGUGAUCUGCUCAGAGAGCAGUUUGAGGAGGAGCAGGAGGCCAAGGCUGAGCUGCAGCGAGGAAUGUCCAAGGCCAACAGUGAGGUGGCUCAGUGGCGAUCCAAAUAUGAGACUGAUGCAAUCCAGCGCACCGAGGAGCUGGAGGAGGCCAAGAAAAAGCUUGCCCAGCGCCUGCAGGAGGCUGAGGAAUCCAUUGAGGCUGUGAACUCCAAGUGUGCCUCACUGGAGAAGACCAAGCAGAGGCUGCAGGGUGAGGUGGAGGACCUCAUGAUUGAUGUGGAGAGAGCUAAUGCUCUGGCUGCCAACCUUGACAAGAAGCAGAGGAACUUUGAUAAAGUCCUGACAGAAUGGAAGCAGAAGUAUGAGGAGAGCCAGGCAGAGCUGGAAGGAGCCCAAAAGGAGGCUCGUUCUCUCAGCACUGAGUUGUUCAAGAUGAAGAACUCAUAUGAAGAGGCUCUGGAUCAUCUUGAGACCAUGAAGAGAGAGAACAAGAACCUGCAGCAGGAGAUCUCAGAUCUGACUGAGCAGAUUGGUGAGACUGGAAAGAGCAUCCAUGAGCUGGAAAAGGCCAAGAAGACUGUAGAAAGUGAAAAGGCUGAAAUUCAGACUGCCCUUGAAGAAGCAGAGGGCACUCUGGAACACGAAGAAUCCAAGAUUCUUCGUAUUCAGCUUGAGCUCAACCAAGUCAAAAGUGAGAUUGACAGGAAGCUGGCAGAGAAGGACGAGGAGAUGGAGCAGAUCAAGAGGAACAGCCAGAGGGUGAUUGACUCCAUGCAGAGCACCCUUGAUGCUGAGGUCAGGAGCAGGAAUGAUGCCCUGAGAGUCAAGAAGAAGAUGGAGGGAGACCUGAAUGAGAUGGAGAUUCAGCUGAGCCAUGCCAACAGACAGGCUGCCAAGAAGACUGUUGAGACUGAGAAGUCUGAAAUACUUUAUCAGGAUUCCCAGCUGCACCUUGAUGAUGCUUUCAGAGGACAGGAAGACAUGAAGGAGCAGGUCACCAUGGUGGAGCGCAGAAAUGGUCUCAUGAUGGCUGAAAUUGAGGAGCUGAGAGCCGCUCUGGAGCAGACAGAGAGAGGAUUAGGAGUUGCUGAACAGGAGUUGGUUGGUGCUAGUGACCGUGGCAAUAUAUUAUAUACUUGUAACACCAGUCUUUUGAACACCAAGAAGAAGCUGGAGACUGACCUUGUCCAGGUUCAGGGUGAGGUGGAUGAUGCAAUUCAAGAAGCAAGAAAUGCUGAGGAGAAGGCCAAAAAGGCUAUCACUGAUGCUGCCAUGAUGGCUGAGGAGCUGAAGAAGGAGCAGGACACCAGUGCUCACCUGGAGAGGAUGAAGAAGAACCUGGAGGUCACAGUCAAGGACCUGCAGCACCAUCUGGAUGAGGCAGAGAACCUCGCCAUGAAGAAUGGCAAGAAGCAGCUCCAGAAACUGGAGUCCAGGGUGCGUGAACUGGAAGCUGAACUUGAAGCUGAGCAGCGACGUGGAGCUGAUGCCAUUAAAGGAGUCCAGAAAUAUGAGAGGAGAGUGAAAGAGCUCACCUACGAGGUAAUUAAUUAUCUAACUAAAAAUGAUCUAAUUUCUUGUGCCCAUUCCCUUUCACUUACAAUCCAAAUUGUUUACACUGAGGAGGACAAGAAGAACAUCACAAGACUUCAGGAUCUGGUCAACAAGCUGCAGCUCAAAGUCAAGGCUUACAAGAAACAGGCUGAGGAGGCUGAGGAGCAGGCAAACACUCACAUGUCCAGGCUCGGGAAGGUCCAGCAUGAGCUGGAGGAAGCUCAGGAGCGUGCUGACAUUGCUGAGUCCCAGGUCAACAAGUUGAGAGCCAAGAGCCGUGAUGUCGGAAAGAGUGAGUCUGCUCAACAGAUUUCAUAAAAUAUGAAUCAUCUGUUGGAUGCAUUUUAUACUGCAAAAUAUCAAUAAAUGUUUUAAAAAUGA